AUGGCUCACCGCGGCAACGACAUCUCAUCCUGGGACCCCAACCCAUACACCCACGCGCCCAACGCAAACGUCCAAAACACACAAACAAUGACAUCCCCGCAAGCCGAAGCCGCGCGAGCAAAAUCACAAGCUGUGAUGGCAGCACUGAAGAAGGGAGAUGCCGGUGAAGCUGAUAGACUCAUGGGCAAGCAGGAGAACUACGACAGUUUGGUGCCUGGGAUUGCAAAGUUGAAGAAUAAGUUUUUGGGAGGAGGCAAGGACAAGGAUAAGGCAAAGGAUUAG